UCACCGGUCCUUAAACGACGCCGGAUAAAGGCAGCAGCCGCCUUUCUUCACUGAAAGUCGCUUUCUUUCUCGGUUGAAAAUUGGAAGGACACAUACAAAUGUCUAGCUCCUCGCAAGUAUGUCAGCCUCAGACGUUUGGAUUGCCGUGGCCCGAUCUCAACGACGGAUUGUUCUACAACGACGUCGUUCGAGCCUCCGAUUCCGAACUGACUCUGAUCGAGUUCUACUCUAGCAAGUACAAGAAUUCAGCUCCAUUGCAAGGUUGGUUGCAGAGAAUUCGGAGCGGACAGAUAACAGUUGAUAGAGAAGUUGUUAGAGAUCCUGAUACGAUCCUCAGGGUUGGUUCGAAACUGACAUAUCAUAGACUUCCGUGGAGAGAGCCCGAUGCACCAUACUUGCUCGAGGUUCUGUAUGAGGAUGAUGAUAUGAUUGCUCUAAAUAAGCCUUCUGGGCUGCAAGUUUUACCUCAAGGUCUUUUCCAGCAACGAACAGUUCUCACACAGCUCCUAUGGUGGGCAACACAGAAGAUUUCUCACUUAUCGUGCCAACAACCACAUCCUGUUCCUGUCCAUCGCUUAGGAAGAGGAACUUCAGUUACCACAAGAAUGGUUAUACUUCUUAAUAUUCUUCUGGUUGACUGGUCUCAUAUGGUUCUAGGAAUAUUACUCUGUGCAAAGACAAAGCAUGCCAAAACUCAGCUUGCAGCAUACUUCGCUGACGGGACAUCUAAUAUUGGAGAUGGCAGUAUCCACAGUAAUGCUGACGUGGAGCCUUGUACAGAGAGGAAAAUAUCAAAGAUUUACCGGGCACUAGUGACUGGGAUAGUUUGUGAGGAUAAGGUGAUUGUAAAGCAGCCAAUUGGAAUGGUGCGAUAUCCUGGUGUGGCUAAAGGGCUGUAUGUUGCUUCUCCUACAGGAAAGCCAGCUCUGAGUAAAGUUGAAGUUCUUGAGAGACAGAUUCAUAAAAACCAAACGCUAGUCCAGGUUGAGAUUCAGUCAGGAAGACCGCACCAAAUUCGCAUCCAUCUUUCCUACAUAGGACAUCCAUUGUUAGGAGAUCCUCUCUAUGUACCUGGUGGACAACCAAAGUGCUCAGAUUUCGACUUGGUCGAUGAAAGUUUUGCCGAUGAUGGAGGGUUUCGGAGGCCUACAAAUCCUGUUCCUGGUGAUUGUGGCUACAACUUGCAUGCUCAUCAAGUCACUCUCUCUCACCCCGCAUCCAAUGAGGUAAUCAAAGUAAUAGCACCACUUCCACCUACUCUUCGGACGCAACAAGAACCCGAACAACUCACUCGCGGUAAACCCGAACAACCUACUCAUUUGCACUACUAAUAUCGGUCGAUCAAAGGACUAAGAACUAAGAAGUUACUUCCAAUUCCAAAUGUAUUUCCUUGGAGUUUUACUUUUACCUUGAUCAAUGCCAAAGCAAACAAGAGUUGUACCAGAACUAAAAGUUACCAUGAGACAAAACGACGUCAGAUCAGAUCAGGGAUCCAAAGCUUCCCAACUUUUGCAGUUUAUUUUUGUAUUUUCCCAUAAAAAUUAAAAUACAACAAAAUACAAAGCUGCUCCUGCAAUAUUACAAGCA